AUGACUGGUGCGAAAGUACAGGUCAAGGGCCAACACUUUGCUUCGGCAGCACGAAUGCCUGAAGGUGCGAAGAAGCUGUACGUUGAGAUUAUAGGUCCAACACAGGUCUCCGUGGCGAAAGCCAAGCAUGAAGUCUACAAGAUGAUGGAGGCUCUCGCAAUCAGAACCCUCAACAUUCCUGGAUUGACGCGUGCAGUGACGGGCGCUCCGGGAAGGCCACUGCAAGUUGCAGGCCCAGACAGCAUGACUCGCGGGAACCAGCGCGAUCGCGACCGUGAGCGAGCGGCCAACCGUAAUGCAGGUGCCAAGUCAAAUUCGACUAUCAAGACCAAAGAGGAUACUGCAGCGAUAAUGCGCGAGAAGCAGCGCCUUGCAGAGGAGAAGAAGGCUGCUGACAGUUCCGGAGGGGGCGGAGGCAAAAGUAAGUCAGAACGGAAGCGGAGAGCUGCAAGCGCACAAAGUGAGAAGACUUGGCAGCCCACGAUCCAAAACUUGCCGUUUAAGACCUCCGGAGGGGGCUCCACGCUGGGUUCUGGGCCCAAGCACUGCGUCUUUCAAGGCUUCUCCAAGGACGACAAACGACUGGCCAAAAUGUUCAUGCCGGAGCGAUUUAAAGAAUAUCAUCGCACCCUGCGGCAAAAGAGAAGCGAAGAGUUGUCGAUGAAACAGGUCGCUGGCUCUUUUGGAGGAUUGUACGCUGUGAUUCACCUUCUCCAAUACUUCGAUAUUUGGACGUUGUUGCUGCUCAUGGUCGGUGCAUACUUCGUUUAUAGACAAAUUGUGGACAACUGGAGCAAGGUUUGGCUCGCCUUCAACCAGGACAGAAAAUUCCGGAUCAGAUGUCCGAAGCAUCAUGAUCAAGUCCGAAUUGUCUCAAGACGUUUGUCGGCGUUUGUUGCAAAUAUUCGCAGGCCAGCUUCAGUGUUCAAAUUAUCCACCCUUUUUCAGGUGCUUCCUGUUGUGAACCGAAUCGUGCUUGUGCUGGCUUGUUUUGACGAAAGUAUCGUUGUCGCCGUCGCUGUCGUCGUCGAUUCAGUGGCUGCAAGCUGCUGCUGCUGCUGCUGCUGUCGCCGUUGCUGCUGCUGCUGCUGCUGCUGCUGCUGGUGUUGUUGUUGUUGUUGCUGCUGCUGCUGUUGUUGUUGCUGUUGUUGUUGUUGUUGUUCCUUCCAUAGCCCUCUUCACGCGCAUUCGAACGCGCAAAUUCCUUGA